AAUCAACAACAUCUUUCCUUGGAGUGAGAACAGUCCUUGCUACCUAGGAGCCCAACUCAUUGCCUCCACCUUAAUCCGUCCAACAUGCCUUACAUCGCCCGGACCGAUGACCUCCCCGAGCUGGUUCGCCGCGGCGGGCUCGAGGACCCUCGAGCAGCCGAGCAGCCGUCCUUCGGCCUCCGGAUGGUCUGUCGAGACUCGACGGACUUUAUCUGCAACCCCGCUGAGCUCUCUCCGCUGAUGCCUGGCCAUCAACGCGCGACGCACAAGGACAAGCCUGCGAGCGAGUGCAACGCCAUGGUCGACCAGAUCCUCGGUCGUGUGAAGGAGAUGACGGUAUCCUCCGCCCAACCGCCAGCCGGGCAGCCCUUGUCGGACCUGGUCCCGGGCCUGGUGGUCAGCGGAGGUCUCAGCCGGUCUCCCGCGUUCGAUGGCCUGCCCGUCGUGUCGCACUGGGGGGAUCGCACCGACGAGGCUUCAGCCCCGGAUCCGGCCGCCACCUUCCGUCUGUCUUCGACCUGGAAGGCCAGCCAUGUGCUCGGCGAAGGCGCCACCAUGCACAGCCCGUUGGGCGCACCGGCCUGGUCGCUCCAGACGCACGGCAUCGGCCCCGUCGCGCCGGGGUCCAGCAAAUUCGAGCAGGCAUACGACGCGGCGAGCAACACGCUGACCACGACCGUUGCCCUUCCCCGGCGGGUUGACACGCCCCGGACGGCCGGGGUCCUGGAGGCCGCCAUCAAUGUCUCAUGGAUCCGCAACGCCCGCGUGGCUGACGCCGUGGACUGUGCGGUGGGGUUGCUCGCGGACGCCUCGGUCCUGCUGGCCGCCCGCAACAAAGUCAUCGCCACCGGGGUCCCAGAGCGCCUCGGGUUUGCGGAGGUCCGCGAAAUUCGCAUGCCGACCUGGUGCUCCGUCCGCAAGCCGCUGCCGCCGAAGUUGAGCGGCGUGGCGCUCUCCACCGAUCCGGCGGCCAUCGACGUCCUCGCGCGCGAGGAUUGCGAAGGUUCCCUCCUCAACACCAGCAUCUUCUCGAUGGCCGUGGGUUACAACCGUGGGGUCUACGGCGGGUCGAUCUCCGGCCUGUGGGCGAUCAUGGAUUCCGCCUUCGUGCUCGAUUACUCCAUCGGCAAGAACAGCCCGGCGCUGGCGGAGAAGCUGUCGUCGGCCUUCGCCGAGGUGGCGGCCGUGGCCGAUGCCUCGGUGGCCGCCGGGCCACACAUCACGGACAUCCGGAUUGUCAAGGGCUGCGAUUAUGCCUGCCUCCGCCAGAAGGCCAUCCUGGAGGAUACGAACAUGGUUUCGUCCCGCCCGUGUAUCGUUGUGUGGGAGGACCUCCACCGGCUGGCCCGUUACAAGCUCGCCGAUGCCGUCUUCUGCCACGUCUAUUACGAUGCGGGUGGUGGCGAAGACAUGGCCGCCAUGGCUGGCCUGGGGUGCGUCUUGCACGACUGGAUCGACCUCGGCGCGGAUGUGUCGUGUGGUGAAAUCAGCAACAUCAUCCCCUCGCUGACACGGGGGUCGCUGGACCAGGAGCCCCUGGCCGAAGUGUACGCCCGCAUGGUGGGGGCGAUGAUCUGGUAUCGAGACAACGAUCCUUAUAACCCGGCGGCGCUCUGCAUUCUCUGCACCCACUGGUGGCAGCUCGCCAAUUGCCGCCAUCGCCCCGUCACCCUCCUCGGCCGGACCGACUUCAGUUACCGGGACGGAGUUGGGGCCGGCAUCCUCCCCAUCGCCCCGAACGGGCGGCCGUCGCUGGAGCACUUCCGCGCGUCCGGCACGAAACCUCAGUAUGCGGAGCAGGCACUGAUCAAUGCGGAGAAGCGGCUCGAAUUACUUCUGGCCUCCAACCCGUUGCCGGAAACGCGGACGGUCAUCGACCUCCUGAUCCAACCGGUUCUGGCCUACGUGCGAGGCGUGUCGGAUAUCCUGCCCCUGGAGAGCGAAUAUGUGGGUGCCGUGCUUGCGGCGGAGUUGGCCUACCCCCACGGGCAGAAGGCUGUGGAGCUCUGGGAUAUGGCCAUCAUCAUGUGGGAGUCCGGGGCCAUGUGGGCGUCGGGAAUGGCAGGGUUGUGCUACACGCAUACCGGCAUGUCCAACUGUGACCGGGCUCGCGAUGACCUGUCGGAUGGUACCUGGCAUUAACGAAGUGGGAUGCGUUUAUGGCCACCCGGUUGAGCGGAUGGGAAGGCCUCGUUGCCAGAUUCUCGGAUGGUCGUGCAUCGGUGCUAGGGCCAGUCUUUUUUCAUCCAAGCCAUUCAACAUGGCUAUCGUGGAAGCAAGGCAAAACUCAAUACAGCACCGCGUUGCACCGCCUGACCAUCGCUAUCCAGGGUGUAGCCAGAUGAGUUACUGUAUGUGAUAUGAGCGAUCAAGAAUAAGAAUGACUUUUGAUGCCUGGCCUAUACCAGCCGAGACAGUCCUGGAGUAAGACCUGGCAAUCUUAUCUUCGUCAUAGUCGGCGUAUAGCUACAAUGGUGAAGAGCAGGUAAACCCGCCUAUUCAAGUGAAAGGUAUAAGGAGAUAUAAUAAGGAAUUCUGGUAUUCAGGCUGUACCUGAUCCAAUUCAUGCU